AUGGCAUCCUUACAGCAAAUCCGAACCACCACGACUGAUCUUUUGAAGAUCAACCAUCCAGUCAUGCUAGCUGGCAUGAACGUCGCUGCAGGCCCCAAACUUGCCGCUGCCGUCACAAACGCUGGCGGCUUGGGUGUCAUUGGCGGAGUUGGCUACACACCAGACAUGUUGCGUGAGCAGAUCGCAGAACUCAAGAGCUACCUGAAGGACAAGAAUGCACCAUUUGGAGUCGAUCUCUUGCUUCCUCAAGUAGGUGGCAGUGCCAGAAAGACAAACUACGACUACACAAAGGGCAAACUCGAUGAACUUGUCGACAUUAUCAUCGACUCCAAAGCCUCCCUUUUCGUCUCCGCUGUUGGCGUCCCUCCUAAGCACAUCGUCGAGAAGCUACACAAAGCCGGAGUUCUGUACAUGAACAUGAUUGGACACCCCAAGCAUGUCAAGAAAUGUCUGGACAUUGGCGUCGACAUGAUCUGCGCUCAGGGUGGAGAAGGAGGUGGGCACACUGGAGAUGUCCCGACCACAAUUCUGAUCCCUACUGUCGUCAAGUUGUGUGAGGGUCACAAGAGUCCCUUGACCGGUAAGCCAGUGCAAGUCAUUGCCGCUGGUGGUCUUUUCAAUGGCCAGUCUUUGGCAGCCGCCCUUAUGCUCGGUGCCACAGCUGUGUGGAUCGGUACCCGCUUUGUACUAAGUGAGGAGGCUGGUGCCAGUAAGGCUCAUCAGGAGGCAGUUCGCACAUCUGGCUUUGACGACAACGUCCGUACCAUCAUCUUCACUGGACGUCCACUUCGCGUCCGAAAGAACCCAUACAUCGAAAAGUGGGAGAAUGAGAGACAGGCCGAGAUCAAAAAACUAACGUCUGAGGGUGUCAUUCCCGUUGAACAUGAUCUCGAGAGCCUAGGUGACGAUCUUGAUGAUGAUACUAUGGACAACGCUCGACCCUUCCUUAUGGGCAAGGCUGCAGCUGUUGUGAACGAGAGAAAGUCGGCCAAGGAAAUUAUUGACGAGAUGGUCGGCGACGCUGUAUCGUGCAUUGGCAAGGGCAACAGCAGCAUUGUUAGCAAGAGCAAGCUUUGA